UUUCCAGAUUAUGACAGCAAACCAAUAAUCAAAGAUUGAAAGCAUAUAAAUGGCAUCGUUCAUUUCUUCAAACUCUAUGGAUCUGAGGAUGGUGAUGUUGGGAAACGCUGGAGUAGGAAAGAGUGCUACAGCUAAUGUUAUAUUAGGACGAGAGACAUUCAGAGAGACUGAAACUACAGAGUGUGAGCUCCAGAGAGGAAGAGUGGACGACAGGAACGUCUCCAUCAUCGACACUCCAGGAAUCAACAGCGCCACCCUCAGUUCAGAACAGCUGAAGACUGAAAUGAGGAGAUUAUUCUCUCUGUCUGAUCCUGGUCCUCAUGUGUUCCUGCUGGUGAUCAGAGUCGGGAACUUUACAGAAGAUCAGAGGAGCACUGUGGAGUGGAUUCAGGAGAACUUUGGAGAAGAAGCUCUGAAAUUCACCAUGCUGCUCUUCACUGGGAAAGAAGACCUCACCAGCAGCCAAUGGAGUUCAUUUAUUAAAGAAACAAAUGUCCACGAUUUUAAGGAACAGUUCAGUAACAGAUAUGCUGUGAUAAACAGUAAGAGAGAGAUUAAUCCCACCCAGAUAUCUAAACUACUGGAGAAGAUUGAUGAAAUGGUCAAACAGAACAGAGGACAACACUACAUCAAAGCAGAAGAAUCAGACAGACAGGAUGAAGAACAGAAGGAAACUGGGAGAGAAAGACAAGAACACGAUCAAAAUAGUGAGAAUCAAGAAGAAGGAAGAGAAGAGAAUGUGAAUAAAACAAUGGCAGAAAGGAUGGGGUGGACUCUAGAAGUGUCUGAUGUGAGGAUUGUUCUGAUGGGAAAACCUGGAUCAGGAAAGAGCGCAACUGGAAACACCAUCCUGGGCAGAGAGGCUUUUGGGAACGACUUCAGUAAUGCACACAGGAAUGCCAUAAUGUGUAAAAAACAGGACGUUGAGAUCGGAAAUAAACUUGUAACUGUGAUUGACACAAAGAGGAAGAAACAACUUCAUCAUCUGCAGUUUCCUAGCCAUUACGUUUUCUUUUUGGCUCCGUCUCAAUUUGAACAGUGUUUGCAGCUCUGUUUCCCUGGUCCUCACGUAUUCUUACUUGUAAUACCUAAUUUUGGGGGCAAAUACACAACAUAUUAUCUUAAGUAUCUUUUUGGGGAGGAGAUUCUGAGGCGCAGCAUAGUCCUGAUCACUCACGGAGACAAACAUGGAAAAGUCGAGGAAACUGAUUUUAGUCCUUCCUUGAAGCAGCUUGUGGAGAGCUGUGGAGGUCUUUAUCAAAUCUUCAACAACAAGGAGCAAAAUGAUCGCUCUCAGGUCACAGAACUGUUAAAAAAGAUUGAUAUCUUGGUAAAGAGAAACAGAAAAAUGUGCUACACUAGUGAGAUGUACAAGGAAGCCCAAAGAAAGAGAAAAGAAGAAGAGAGUAACAGGAGUCAUAGCUGUUCUGUGUUAUAAAUACUCUUAUUUGACUCAUAUAUGCUUACAGAGACUAGACCUGGUGGUUCACUUAUUAUUCGCUUAUUAUUAUUAUGUGACACCUUGCACAUUAUUGCAAAUUAUAUACAGUUAGCUCUGACCUUGCAUUAUGAUUGGCUGAUCUAUGGCAAUUUCUGUAAUUGGCAUUUACUGAUAUUUUAUGAUAUUGUGGGAGGAAU